AUGAAUCAACAAUGGACCAAUGGGUUUGGUCAACAAUUAACUGGACUCAAUCCAAUUGUUUCAUCAAUCGAAAAUCGGGGAAACAACAAUUUGCUAACUAACCCUUUCGGUAUUCUGGUCAACCGACCUGCCGAUUCAUCGUCGACAUCAGAGGUGGAAGUAAAUGUGCCAGUGUCUUUUCCGAAUCAAGGAUUAUCCUCAUCAUCAAUCGUCGAAGCGAUUGAACAACAAUUUGCACCAUGGAAAGAAUCGACCUCUUCUUCGGCCUCAUCAUCAGCUCGAGGUUCGAGUGUUGACCUACAAGAGGUCGCAGCUUUUGAAUUGAAUAAAAUGCUACAAAAAGCACAAUCAGCUCAAUGGAAUUUACCGAAAAUUCAGCAACAAGCAACUUUCUAUUCUUCUUCGUCCUCUUCUUCCGCAACAUCUUCUUCCUCCGAAUCACAAGUUAAACUAUUCUCACCAGAAUCUUUAUCCAUGAAAGAAUCUUCCAGUUCUGAAUCUUCUUCUUCUGAAGCAUCUGCAGAACCAGAGCUCAAGUGA